AUGGCCGAGGGCUCAGACGCUUAUGGCGACCAGUAUAGCCGCUAUUUGGUUGGAAGUGAAUCGACUGAAAACUACAUCCCUGGUGAAGACAGCGACUAUCAGUCCUUCAGAACCGGUUUCUUGAAAAGGCGAAGCAGCUUGGACAAGCCGGCUGGCAUUAUAACACAAGAACUUCACUCGCUAAAAGCGUUCAGCAACGGAUACGCCUCAGCCAAUGUGCCGACUGGACUUCUGUAUUUGGGUCUCCAAAAUGGAUUUGGUGAUAGCUCCGGAAAUUACACAAAUGGUCAUUCGAACGGUCGUGCCGCGGCUCCCACUUGUCCGGAUACCAAGUGCUUCAAGAUGAAACCGCUUAUCAAACGAUCUGAUCGAAGAAGGCGGGCAGGAGUUGGCGAUCUCCUUCAAUAUCUCCGCGAUCCUGCUCAGGCAAUGAUUGACGAGUACAAGGAGAGUGUAUGCGUGAAGUAUAACCCGACCAGAAUCACCUCGAGCUACGACUUGCCAGUUUGCCGCAUCGGACAAGUUGAGCAGACUGUAGCUUUGGCCGAUGCUAUACAAGACAUGCCUUUCGAUCUUCCGCCACCGCCUCCCCACCCGGUUGAUAGGGACCAGGUUCGAAGCUUGAUGCGUUCUAAGAUGAUACGCUGUAAGCGAUGUAAGAAUCGUUUUAUUGAGAAGAAUCUUUAUGAGCGCCAUCUGCGAGAUCGGCAUCCUGAAGACUAUGAAGUGUUCAUCGCUGAACAAGAAGCUGAAAUGGAACUGCAACGGCAGGAAGAAAUGGAGGCGAACCGCAUCGAGGAGUUGACUUCUGGUGGCUUUAUUCCUCCCGCCGAGGAUAUUGCUGCCGAUGGAUAUGAAUACGAUGUGGACGAAAUUCCCCUUCCCGGUGAGAACAAUGGUGGUGUCGUUCCUCAUUUCGAUUCGUUUGGCGGAUUGAGAUAUAUUCGUCGGCCGUUCAAGAAGAAGGUCUCCCCACAAUGCCCCUUCUGCGACAAACGUUAUCGAAACGAAUUCUCUCUGAAGAAGCAUUUUGUCAAGAAACAUCCCGAAUGCUCAAACUUCGUCCAAUGUUUCCGUUGCUUCAAGUGUUUGACUGACAAGAAGGAGCUGGAGAUCCACGAAUGUGAAUUGACCUACGUGUGCUUUGAAUGUACACCAGUCCGCAAUCUGGUCACCGACGCUCGUUUAUUGAACCACAGGAAGAAGUUCCAUCGCGGUGCCAAUUCGGGCUUCAAGUGUAACCAGUGCAAUUUGAAGUUCCUGACCCCACGAAAGUUGCGAAAGCAUAAGAAAAUGGCUCAUGUUUUCACAAAGACAUUCCAAUGCCAUUUCUGCGAGGAAAUCUUCAUCAGCGAAGUUUCGGUUAUGACUCACGAACGAAUUCAUACCGGAAUCAUUAAAUUCGAAUGCAAAAUCUGCGAUUUCAAAUGUAAUCGUUUUUUGAAGAUGGAAGAACACACGAAGGAGGAACAUGGAUACAUCUGCCCUAUCUGUCAAGAGAAGUUCACGGAAUGGUCUGAAUUGAAAAAUCACACGCUGUCGGAUCACGGCGGAUACCUUUCUAGUGAUUCAACUUCCGGCUACAUUGAAUCGCCGCGCGUUUGGGUGUUGUUCAAAGGAGAA